AUUGAAUUUCUUUUGUUUCGUCUUUCUUAAAGUACUAAUUUGCAAAGAUAUUUUGUUUAACUCGCUCUUCCCUGAAAAAAGCAAAGGCCGUGAGAGCUCCUUCAUGUACCUGAAAAGGAGCAAGCUUAAUCUCUGAUUGAUUAACAAAGAUGGUGAACUUCACCGGUUAUUCUUCUUUAAUAUCUUCAUUUACUCCAUUUCAUUCUAUUAUUCUUAAUAAACAGUACCACAGAUUGCCAUUAUAUUCAUGUUACAAGAACUCAACUAAGUUGAGAAGCUUCUGUGUUUCUGCUCAAAAGCUUCCUUUGCUUGCGAAAGCUGACAUGGGUGUCGCACAUUAUCGUCCUCCUUUGUUUAGCGUUGCUCCGAUGAUGGACUGGACAGAUAAUCACUACAGGACUCUUGCUCGGCUCAUUUCAAAACAUUCUUGGCUUUAUACAGAGAUGCUUGCAGCUGAAACUAUUGUCUAUCAACAGGGAGAUUUGGACAGGUUCCUGGCAUUUUCUCCUGAACAGCAUCCCAUUGUUCUGCAAAUUGGCGGGAAUAAUUUGAAUAAUUUGGCAAAAGCAAUUGAACUUGCGACUGCGUAUGGCUAUGAUGAGAUUAAUUUCAAUUGUGGUUGUCCUAGUCCAAAAGUUGCCGGACAUGGGUGCUUUGGUGUUCGUCUUAUGCUUGAUCCAAAGUUUGUUGGUGAAGCUAUGUCAGUUAUUGCAGCCAACACUGAUGUUCCCGUAAGUGUUAAAUGCCGAAUUGGAGUGGACGAUCAUGAUUCAUAUAAUGAGCUCUGUGAUUUUAUCUAUAAGGUCUCUUCUCUAUCCCCAGUAAAGCACUUUAUAAUACAUUCACGGAAAGCUCUAUUGAAUGGAAUCAGUCCAGCUGAAAACCGAAAAAUUCCUCCCCUGAAGUAUGAGUAUUAUUUUGCCCUCUUACGAGACUUUCCAGACUUGAGAUUCACAAUAAAUGGAGGCAUAAAUUGUAUUGAUGAGGUAAAUUUGGCACUUAAGGAAGGAGCACAUGGUGUAAUGGUUGGCCGUGCAGCCUAUAAUUACCCAUGGACUUUGUUGGGACAUGUUGAUUCUGCAAUAUAUGGUGAACCAGAGAGUAGUCUGACUCGUCGUCAGAUCCUUGAACAGUAUCAAGCAUACGGAGAUGCAAUUUUGGGAACAUAUGGAAAUAAUAGACCCAAUGUCAGGGAUGUGGUAAAGCCUUUGCUUGGGUUUUUCCAUUCGGAGCCUGGAAAUGGUCUAUGGAAGCGCAAAGCUGAUGCUGCCUUCCAGAAUUGCACAACGAUCAAAUCUUUUUUUGAGGAAACCCUAGUAGCGAUCCCUGAUGCUGUCUUGGAUUCACCCAUGUCGGAGGCACCAUCUGGCCGUCAAGAUCUGUUUGCCAAUGUAAGAGGGUUGCUUCCACCACCAUAUGAGACUACAGAACAGGAGGUAGCAUAUGCUUAGCUUUUUGGCGCACCCUGUGAUCACACAUACAUUGGAAUUUUUUGGACAAGCUAAUCAACUUGUGGAACAUUUUGUAUCGAAGUAUACUAGAUGAAAAUUAGAGGUAAAACCUCGAACGGCUGGGUACAGAAAAACAUGUAUUGGUAAUAGAGUAUUAGAGUGGGAUUAAGAGGGGAAUAGAAGCAUUACAAACAUUUGAGAACACAAUUGUAUGACAUGUAUUUGAUUGUUGGUAUGAGUAUUUUGCUGAACUUUUGAGAUGAA